AUGUCUCAAGAGUUCGCUGUGUCCAGGGUGGAUGGUAGUGAUGUUAUCGAUCAUGAGGAGCCAGAAUACCCUGCGUCUGCUUUAGUUCGUACAGGCCAUAACGGCCCUUCCUCCGUCACUAUACCUGCGCCCCAAAUUUCGGUUAAUCAGCCGAGCAAUCCGGCUAUUCAUUCAAGCAAUUCCGUCAAUCAGCCAAACAAUCUGGUCAAUCAGCCAAACAAUCUGGUCCAUCAGCCAAACAAUCUGGUCCAUCAGCCAAGCAAUCUAUUGACGCCCCAAGCACAUGUGCAGAAUAGCAGUAUUGCUACAGAACCAAGAGACACAACGAUGCAUAUGUUUGCAGGCCAGGAAGUUCCUGUUGAAGAACCAGGAUUUCAUGACAACGCAGACGGCGCCGACAACACUGACUCAGAAGAGGAUCAGAGUGCUCGAGCAAUGAAUGACGAACAAAAGUUAUCUAUGCUAGAGGCCAUUGCCGCUGCAGAUGAUCCGCAAACAUUUAUGAGGGAUUUCAAAUCUGCGAUACCUAAUGGCUUCGAAAUGACUUUAUGGGAACUCAGGGUGAUGAUAGCUCCUGAUAAAUGGGUUAUGAAUCAGGAGAAACACCCAAGGGCUGUCGUUGCCACGCAGAAUUUUGAGUAUGCUAUGGAUGUUAUAGGACGCCAGACUGGGGAAAUUCAGAGAAAAGAUUGGAAAUACUAUCAUGAAGAUCCCCAAGUCACCGAAGAGAAGUGCGAACCGACUGGCCUCAGAGCGUAUCACCUCUCAAAUCAUAUGAGGGCUACCAAGCACUUAGCAUUUCUUUACGACUCUAUGUUGAAAGGCAAUUGGGCCAAUGAUCCAACUACCGAACGACACCGCGGCGCUCUGGAUAAAAUCAAUCAAAACUUGGAAAUGCAGAACAAAAAGAACAACUAUAAAAGCAACAUAGGCUGUGUCGAUUAUUUUCGACUGUUGGGCAAAUGGAAAUUCCUACAUUCAUCUAGAGGGAACGACACAGCACAGAAAAUCGCGGAAACCACAACUGUGGCUUUUUGUCGCGAACUUCAGUAUCCCAACGGGUGGUUAUGUUGCCCUCCGCAAAAGAGCUACCGCUAUGAGCCUGUCCAGGGGUACCAGUCUCUACUGUGGUCUAGCCUGACACCCCGUUUCCAUUCCUGGUAUCAAAAAGCUCUUGCAGGUUCCCGGGAGGCGGCCGAGCAAUAUGCCGCAGUCACCGACAUUUUCUCUCAGGAACUUGAAAAAAUUAAUCUUGCAUACAAUCAAGACCGCAUGGCUCACUAUGUGGAUAUACCGGAUAUGGGCAGCCGUUACUUAAAACUUGCGGAUUACUGUCACAAAGGAGAUGCAACCAAUUUUCAAUCAGAACAUGCAUCCCUCAAAGAUCUCUGCAGAAUGAGAAACUACCCAGAUGAUUGGGUUCCACAAGACGUCUCGCCCCAGAUGGGUAGUUCUCAGGUACCGAUGGGUCAGCCUUCAAUGGGCAGCUCUCAACCUCCAAUUGGCAGUUCUCAGCCCACAAUGGGUACUUCACAGGUACCAAUGGGUCAGCCCCAAAUGGGCAGCUCUCAACCUCCAAUGGGUACUUCACAGGUGCCAAUGGGUCAGCCCCCAAUGGGCAGCUCUCAACCUCCAAUGGGCAGCUCUCAGCCCACAAUGGGUACUUCACAGGUACCAAUGGGCCAGCCCCCAAUGGGCAGUUCUCAGCCCACAAUGGGUACUUCACAGGUGCCAAUGGGUCAGCUCCCAAUGGGCAGCUCUCAACCUCCAAUGGGCAGCUCUCAACCUCCAAUGGGCAGCUCUCAGCCCACAAUGGGUACUUCACAGGUACCAAUGGGUCAGCCCCCAAUGGGCAGCUCUCAACCUCCAAUCGGCAGUUCUCAGCCCACAAUGGGUACUUCACAGGUACCAAUGGGUCAGCCCCCAAUGCACGGUUCUCAACUCCCAAUGAAUGAGUCGCAGACUUCUCCCAUGAACUCUCAGGCCGUCCAAGUCAGCAAUCAGAUGCAGAGACGCCGAAUGGUUAUCGCUGUUAAGCCACGUACCAGCAAAAGAUCUAUCGAGCCUGGAAAGACCUCAAUGGGAGAGAAGAUCAAGUUUAUCCAACACCUUGGCACAAACCGUGCUAACUUUGUUGUUGAGUCGGCUGACGGAUCGGUUCGUUUGGUUCCGAGUGCAUCUGCUGGAGGUAAACCUGCGAUAGAAGGGGCAGUUUCGCAAGGUGUGCCAUACACUACGCGCUCCGAAGCCGAGAUCAAUGAUCUGAAAAGAAGAGUACGGGCUGGUGGAACCUACGGCCUCACAUGGGUGGCAGUCGGUGAAUGGAAUAUCAGCCGGAAUAGGCUCCCUUUUGUUGUAGUUGGGUUUUAUCACAUAUUCCAAAACUUACGGACAGAUGUCGCUAUCUCUCGAUCAAACCUGGCAAAGAUCUUAUCACUAACAGAGGCUGAGCGAUUGACAGCAGAAGGGAUUACCGGUUUUUCAGAUAUGACUCUCAGGGAUGCCUUAGAGAGUCGACUAAGCGGCAUUUCUCCUCUCUACUACCAACCACGAGCAAACAGUCUUCAUCAAUCCCUUGGGAAUCAGCCACAAUCAUCUCCCUGGGGACCACAGAGUGCGUUAGCAGCUACGGGUUAUGACGUGAAUGCGUUCGCCCCAGAGCAGAGAUUUAUGCAGCCCAAAGCAUCUCCUUGGGAUGGUCCAUGGGGCCCUAUCAAUCCUGGUGGUGGUCAGUGGUAUAACGUUCUUCAACCUUCUCAUUUACAGCCGCCAAUGAUGCCUCAAUGGAAUUAUCCUCAAAAGCAGCAACCCGCGUUUCAACAUUCCCAUUUUCAACAGCCGUCAGCUUUUCAACCUCAUCCCUACUGGCCGCAAAACCCCAUGUUUCAAGGUCCCAUUCAGCCAGCUAUGACACAGACUCAAUUCGCCGAUGAGAGUGAGGAUGAACUUUAA